GUACUUCAAUCCAACUUCAAUCUAUGAUUCCACCUCGUUCAAGCACCGUACCACAGUAUACCGCUGGCCGUAGUGGAAUCCGUUCUGUUUGCCUAAAUUUUAUCCUGUUUGGUUAUAAUUUAUCGAAUGUUAAUAUAUUCGUUUUUUCUUUACACAAAGUCUUAAAAUAAUACCACUGCAUUCAUUGGUCAUACGUAAUAAUUAACUACGUACUAUUGCAAUGUCGUCACCAUGGGGAAAAAUUCAACCAGCCCCUGUACCUGCAGCCAGUCUCACUGACAUUAUGUCCGAAGAAGUGGCUAAAGAUAUGCAAGAAAAGGAAAUCCGUAAGCAUAUGAACAUGGUAUUGCCGGAGCCAACUCCUGAAGAAUGUGGAUUAUUUGAGCUUGAUGACACAGAUAGUGAUGCUGUAAUUGCGCAGAUGUUGCAGGUGCAAUUCAAUCGGGAAUAUGAUUCAAUGUUGAAACGUACCGAAGACAAAUUCAAUGGCUCCUCGAAAGUAAACGUUUCUUUGUCAAAUUAUCGAACUUGUCCAUUUGAGGAGCCCGAUGAACGGAAUCCUGAUCUGGAUGAUGAGUGUAGGGACUGGGAUCGUUUUGUCAGUGUAGAAAAGGAAUAUGCUUCUAUACCGCGUUGUGGCUACAAAAAAGUAGGUGAGGGAUCAGAGAUUGUUACAAAACAUGAUAUGUUGAUGUCAUCCAGGAUCAACGCAUGCAGAGUUCUUGCAUUUCCACCAGGAAUAAAAACUGGAGAUGCUGGUAGCUUUGACAUGAAACUUGAUAACAAAGUUUUCAAUUCUCUACGGGCACAUAGCCAUGCACAUUGCGCUCGUGAGAAAGCUAAAGCAAGGCCUAAUCCUAAACAAAUAGUAGAUAAAGUCCCUCUUCCUGUUUCACAGAACUGAUAUAUCUAACUCCAAACAAUAUGAGAAAUUGUGUGUUGGUAUCAAAAAAAUAUAUUGGUCAUUUAUUGUUAUCAAAUGAAUAAAAGAGCAACGUAUGAUACAUA